AUUCUGAAAAGCCGGUGUUGAGAGCGGACGUGUAUGUUAAGUUGUUGUGUGUGAACUUGACGAGCUUCCACUGCUGCUGCUUCUGCCGCAUCGACCUUGGUUUCCUGAGGAUGGCAGGAAAGGCGUGGAGGUCAGCGGUAUGUACAGGAAAAGCGUUUAAAUUGUGCAUAUAGAUUUCAGAGUCCCAUUUUGACCAUAAUCUUUGACGGUAUUACCUGUUAAAUCGGUGACAGCUUUUCUUGUUUAGCCAAACUAGCUUGGUGCUCAUGCACCGGCUACCUGCUUUGUAGUUACUAUGGCAACCUUGCUCGACCGCUAUGAGCUAGCAGGGUUAUGUGUUAGCAGCGUAGACGAAAACACACUUCCGCAAAGCGUAUGCGCAGAAGUGUCCUUGUAAUUGCUCAAGAUUAACGCAUUGUUGAUACUAGGUUCAUGGUAGCAAAAUGUCUGUCAAAAUGUCCCUCAUUUACAGAUUCUUAAUCUCCUAAGAAACUGGGGUGUAUGGCUCGGCCCCAAGGAUAAACUCAAGCCACAGGAAGUAAGUUGAGAGCUGAGUAUCCCUGCUGCAGUUGGGCAAGAGCUAGAGAGCAGUCUCCUCUGCUGUGAUGGAUAUUUUGUAUCUUUACCUUUGCACCACUACUAUACUUGCUUGUAUACUAAGCUUCGUGUAUGCUAGGUUUGUGUCUCUCGACUGAAGGUGACAUCUUGCUUUGCUUAUUGUAUUAUCAUAUAAAAUUGACAAACGUAUUCUAGCUAUCAACCUAAUUACCCUUACCAUUUUUUACGACUUCUGGGAAUAGUUUUUGGCACCUUGACCUUCGUCCUUAAAAUACCCCGGCCCACCCACCAUCGUGUUUUGACGCAGUGUUUUUUUUUCUUCCAUCAGCCCACGUGUAGUCGUUUGUCUCCAAUCAUAUUGAUCAACAUACAGAAAUAACUUCCUCAGCACAGCCAGAAAGCUUUUUACAACAACUCUUUGUCUGGUGCUAUCUACCAGUCUUCCAGAUAAUGGCUACAUCAUAUCCAUCCAUCUAUUCAUUCACCCAUAUAGCCAUACAGCCAUCCAAUCCAUUUAUCUACCCAUUGAUCCAUCUAUUUUCCCAUCCAUCCUCCACUGUUUUAUGUACUCUCAAUCCCUUGUGUGUCCUGCAGUUGUAUUGCUUUUCAUGUUUAGAUCACAUUUAGGUAAUAAGUGUUACUUGUGAUCUGUGUAUCUGUAAUGAAACAUAUAUAUAUAUAUAUCAUUCAUUGCACCAAGGGGUUAAGUAUGCCUGAGUACGCAUUUCAUUUGUUAUUCCGCUUUAAAUAUGUACUCAACUCCAGCAAGCUUUCCUUAAUCAACAUAACAUCCUUGCUCCUUGCAUCCUAUUUCUACCUCAUAUUCACUGUACAACUAAAAAGUUUGUAAAUGAGCAUAUUUUAAGGAAAACUGUACUCCUGAUUGUCAGGUAACAUGGGUGGCUGGAACUGUGAAGAGAGAGCCUCCACAACCAAGAAUAUUCACCCGUGGGGUAGGUUAUUUUCCUUUAGAGGUGGCGUUGAACUGUCUUGAUGGUUUUUGAUGUAACAACUCUUGUAUUAGUUUUAAAUUAUUCUGUAGGGCACAAUUAGUCUUGUAUGUCUGAAUUUCAUGUACUUUAUCUGUCUUUUUAGAUGCAAACUGUCACAUUAAUCCCGGGUGAUGGAAUUGGCCCAGAGAUCUCUUCUGCUGUGAUGAAGAUCUUUGAAGCAGCCAAAGUAAAAGAUCACCGUUCACAAGAAACAUUGAGAUGACUCUGGAGAUAAAUUUAAACCACAUCUUGAAGUUUUGAACACUGCUGAUCUAUAACUUUGUCUGUGUUUGAUCUAGGCUCCUAUUCAAUGGGAGGAAAGAAAUGUUACAGCCAUUCAAGGACCUGGAGGCAAGUGGAUGAUCCCUCCUGAAGCAAAAGAGUCAAUGAACAGGAACAAAAUUGGCCUAAAAGGUAGUGCACUUAAAGAUCUUUGUAUCAAAUUAGAAAAAAAUGUGACUAAGUGCUGGUUAGUAGAAAUAAUGAAAUAAUAGAAGAUUUUUGGUAACCAGUCUUCUCCAUUCCAGCAGCUUCACUCCCCUUCUUUUCAAAACAGUAAAACGAGAAAAUAGUUGAAUUACGAACAAUGACAGCUAAAAACAGUGCAAAGUUCUGUCAGCUGAGAGGUUUUUAUCUUUGACUGCUGCUUUUCUGUGCUGGCAAAUGAUCCACUAAGAAUUGAAACUACUGAAUCUACAGGACCUUUGAAGACUCCAAUAGCUGCUGGCCAUCCCUCGAUGAACCUGCUGCUCAGAAAAACCUUUGACCUCUAUGCCAACGUGCGCCCCUGUGUGUCCAUUGAAGGCUACCAGACCCCCUACACUGAUGUAAAUUUGGUUACCAUCAGGGAGAACACUGAGGGGGAAUACAGCGGGAUUGAACAUGUGGUAAGACCUCUAAAAAAGUAUAUCUAUUGUAGUUGUCGCCCUCUAAUUCCCUUUUUUUCCCACUUUUAACUAUCUAGACACUGUUUUUUGACUUUUGUGGAUUUGUGCAUUUUCAGAUUGUUGAUGGGGUUGUACAGAGUAUUAAGCUCAUAACAGAACAAGCCAGCCAACGCAUUGCAGAGUAUGCUUUUGAAUACGCCAGAAAUAAUCAGAGGGCCAGUGUUACUGCUGUUCAUAAGGCCAAUAUCAUGUAAGUCUUAGAAAACAAGUUAUUUUUGUGACUGAAAAGCUUUUUGAUAAUAAUAAAUGGUUGAAUUCAUUUUUCAAUAGGCGCAUGUCGGAUGGGCUUUUCCUACGAAAAUGCAGAGAGGCUGCUGAGAAGCACAAAGAUGUAAAAUUCACUGAGAUGUACUUGGACACUGUGUGUCUGAAUGUAAGUCCCAAUUUCUUUUGCUUUUUAAUUCAUUAUAGUUUUUUAAAAAACAUUUUGAAACUUACAACUGAAACUUUUUUUCUGCAGAUGGUACAGGAUCCCACACAGUUUGAUGUUUUAGUGAUGCCAAAUUUGUAUGGAGACAUUUUGAGGUAAGAUAGGUGGAUUUUUUUUGUUUGAUAUACCAGUAGUUUAUUUUAAGUUACAGUAAAUAUUAAUGAAAUUUCAAGAGGUAAAAAGAGAGUUGUGCAGAUUUUAUGGUGAAAACUUAACAGUACAUACAAUAAUGAUAUUUAUUUUACCUUUAGAAAAGUUUUUUGGUUACACUCAACUUUAAAAAUGCAGCAUAAGUAAAAAAAAAUGGAUGUCUAACAAACUUUGAUGAUGGCAUUUAAAAUGUUCAAAUAACACUGACUUUGCAUCCAUUCAAGAUGAUAAGGAAAAUAAAUAUGUAUGCACAGUAAGACAGCUUUUUACUAUUUACUGUUGCAGUGAUCUCUGUGCCGGACUGAUUGGAGGUCUUGGAGUGACCCCUAGUGGAAACAUUGGUGCCAAUGGUGUUGCCAUAUUUGAGUCGGUGUGUUCUGCUUUCAUUCUUCAAAUUUGUUUUUCGAAGUUCGGAUGAUUUGAUGAAACACAUGAAAGUUUCCUCCCAUUGUGUUAAUGUUUCCAGGUUUUUUAAAUACAACUGGGCUGUAAAUGUAAUUAUUAUUCUGAACUGGGAUUUUUUUUACCCCUUUUAGGUUCAUGGAACCGCCCCAGAUAUAGCAGGAAAAGACAUGGCCAACCCCACUGCACUGCUGCUCAGUGCUGUCAUGAUGUUGCGCCACAUGGGCCUACAUGGUUAUGCCAAAAAGAUUGAAAGUGGCUGCUUUGACACCAUACGGGACAAAAAGGUAAACUACUUUUUAAGAAAAUGAUACAUCCUAUGUUGGUACAACGUACACAUCGUGAUUGAUAUGUUGUUUUUAUUUGUCUUCAAGGUGCUGACCAAAGAUCUGGGAGGUAACUCAAAGUGCUCAGAAUUCACAGAAGCAAUAUGUCAAAGGGUGCGGGAUAUGAACUAAAGAUAUGCAAAGUAGCUUGCGAAAUUGGUGUUAUAAUUCUGAUCUCUUCACUUCAUCAUGAAAUAUUUAAUCUGCACCUUUAAAACCAGAAGAUGUAUUUAGAAAAGACUCAGGAAUUUGAAAUCCUGGAUGUUUUAUUUUUUCUCGACACUCUAAAUCACUGUCUUAAAAAUGGUGACCAACUAAAUAUUGUAAAGGUAACAUAUUUACUUUUCAUUCCCUAAAUAUGUUGAAUGUUAUUUAUUGCCUGAAAAUGGCCUCUUGUCUGAUGUAUUUUGCACUGCUUUACUUUUAAAGGGUCAUUCUGAAAACCACAGUGAGCCUCAGUUGUCAAAAAGUCAAAUUAAAGAAUAUGUGUAUAAGUGUAAAUUUUAUGCAAUGUAUUAUUGUGGAGUUAAUUCAUUCAACUUCAGCGCCAUGAAAGUUUUAAAUGUUUAUAUGUGAUAAUUUGCAUGUAUGCUGCACAUACCAUGUAUAAAUACCAGCAAAAAAAUGCCACAGACACUGGAAAUGCUGGACUCUUUUAUUGACUGUAAUACACUAAACAUGUCUGUCGUGGGUAUUAUAAGACAUGUCAUCUACGGUUUUAUGGUAGUAUUAAACAGGUUGUUCACUGGCAACUAACAUUCA